GAGUUAUAGUAAGCCCGAGAGAGCAUAAUAUUUCAGCACACUAGCCCGUGAUCUCUCUCUCUACCCCGUUCUCUCUCUCUAGGGUUCCGUCAUGGAGGCGGAGCGGGGCUAUCGCCCUGUGCCUGUAGUGGAUCUCACUGUCACAGCAUCAACUGAAACAACACCGGAGCUUUUCUACGAAACCCUAAAUCCUCUGGGUGAAGAAUCUCACCAUGAAGACCUGCCUUCUUCCUACACGGUGUUCAAGAACCAGAUAGUUGCAGAGAGCUUGGAGUCUUGUGUGGAGAACUCCACACCGGAGCUCGACUACUUCUCUCUCUCCGACGUUGUAGAACCAGAGCCCAUCUAUCUGGAAUUGAAGGACCCGCCUUCAAUUCAGCCUGCUUCAUAUGCAGAUUUGUCUUUGAAGCGGCCUUCUUCCAAAAAAGGUGUCUCUCGAGCCGGAGGUCGUAUCAGAAGUCCCAUGCUUCAGUUGCAUAAAGAGAUAGUUGAUUUUUGUGAAUUCAUUUCUCCAACACCUGAGGAACAAGAAUCACGCUCAGCUGCAAUUAAUUAUGUUUCGGAGGUCAUCAGAUAUAUAUGGCCACUUUCCAAAGUGGAGGUGUUUGGAUCAUUUAAGACCGGACUCUAUCUCCCUACAAGUGAUGUUGAUGUUGUAAUAUUGGAGUCUAAUGUCCGAACACCUCAAAUUGGGUUGCAAGCUCUUGCAAAAGCUCUAUCGAAGAAAAAGAUUGCUAAAAAAAUUCAGGUAAUUGCAAAGGCUCGUGUGCCAAUCAUUAAGUUCGUGGAAAAGCAAAGUGGCAUUUCUUUUGAUAUCAGGUUAACAGUGGAGAAUCUGAAUUUGCAAAUCUUCAUUGUAGUAGUUAAGACGCAAGCGACAAAUUUUACUCAGGAUGCUGUGGCUAAAAUACCUCCUCUUAGGCCUUUGUGUAUGAUAUUGAAGAUCUUCCUACAACAGCGGGAACUUAAUGAGGUAUAUUCUGGUGGAAUUGGUUCUUAUGCACUUCUUGCUAUGCUGAUAGCAUAUCUGCAGAUGCAAUGGAAGGGGCAAAACAACUAUGGGAAAAGAACUGUUCUUGAACAUAACCUGGGAGUUCUUCUGGUAAAUUUUUUUGAUUUUUAUGGUCGUAAAUUGAACAUAUGGGAUGUUGGUAUCUCUUGUGGUUCUGGAGGAAAUUUUUUUUUGAAGCGCAACAAAGGAUUUCUCCAGGAGGAACGCCCUCAUUUUAUCUCCAUUGAGGAUCCACAGGCACCAGACAAUGACAUUGGGAAGAACUCCUACAACUAUUUCCAGGUGAGAUCAGCCUUUGCAAUGGCUCAUUCAUUGCUAACAGAUGGAAAUACCAUAAUGGCCUUGAGCCCAAAGAGAAGCAUUCUCGGGAUCAUAAUAAGGCCAGACCCAGCACUGGUUAAAAGGAAAGCUCAAUCUGAUUGGAUCAGGAGUUGGCUUUCUGGGGAGGAGGAAACAGCUACGAGAGCAGGUCCAAGUUAUGGGGAGAUGUUGGGUAAUUGGCAACUAGAUGAUGAUGAUCCUCUACCGAGGGGUAACCCAACACAAGAUAUUGUUGGUGAUGAUGUUAGUUUCCCGGCUUCUAAAAAGAGGAGCUCCCGUGCAGAAGUCAAGGGAUGCGAGACAAAGAAGCGGAGAGAAGAGUUGAAGGAGGGCUGUGGGAAAGAAGCUAGAGCGAGGAGGAGGAAAUCGGAUCGUCAUGUUGAAGCAUCAACAGCUGCAUAGCCUGAGAAUUAAAAAUAUUUUACCCAAAACAAAAAACAAACACUUUUUGAGUGUAUCAACGGCAGGCCAUAACUUUUGUUCUUUGAGGUGAACACCCUUUUGUGGGGGGUUCUAUAAUCCUGAUUUCUAGCAUUUAGGGGUUGCUAGGCACGGAUGUAUGGCAGCUUUUACAUGACAAGUGAUCUCACAAGAAACAUGUGAGAUUUGAGGAAAUCUUUUUUUUUUUUUGAUGUUAUUAGAAUGAUUUCUCUUCCCCCCCCCCGCCCGAAGAUAUCUUUUUUUGAGAAACCACUCGGGAUUAAAAUGUGCUUGGGAUUCCACAGGUAAAGUAUAGGAGUGAUUUAAAAAUUACCGAUCUAGAUUGAGAAUCACCAAUUUGAGUUGGGAAUGUUUGUGUUUUUGGGCUGAAUUGGCUAUUCAUCUAAUUGUAAAAUAUAAUACAUCUGAUA